AGGUUGUACCGAGAUGCAACGCAGGUCUCGCCUGCCCAUCUCGUAUUUUCGACAGGCAGCAGCCAUUCACCGGCCAUUCAUGUUGCCCUUGGCGCUGCCUGGGGGAGCCGAGCCGGAUGAAGGCUUCGUCCGUCUUCUGUCCGUCUCUGUCCGUAUUUCUGCAAGCAAUGGCCGUUCAGACGAGGAUCCCGUCACGACGGCCAACUUGCCACAAAAUGAAUGGCGCCAAGACAGAUGAAAUUGCUCUGUUGCUCUUGCAUGACUGUGCGGGCGACUCAUGUCUGGGCUCCCAUUUUGUUUGUAUCUUUGUCUUUCGUGCAGCUGUGGGGUCGACCGUUCGAGAUCUCUAUCCCAUGCGA